AUGUCCAACGAUUAUGUCUUACAAUCUGAACGCAAAUAUCCAGUUCCUGAGGCAGUUGUUUCGAUAAUGCCUUACGAACGUAACCCCCAACAUGGCGUUCAGCCACUCACCGUUCAGGCGCAACAAUGGGUAUUCGAAACAAGUUUGUUUAGCCAGCAGAAAUUUAAACGAAUAAGUGGCACGACCGAAUUCACCGACUAUUUCUGGCCAUUUUGCUCUAACCCCGAUCGUUACGAAAUCCUGAUUAAAUUGAUCGUGAACCUUUUUGUGUUGGACGACCACUUGGAGACCCCGUACGGCGAUAUUGAUCGUCGUGUUCCCGAAGCGGAAGCCAUAUUUGGCCAAUUGUAUCGCGUAUACGAUAAGCUAUUACAACCAACAGACAGCGCGGGUCAGCCCGAGUCCGUGCCAUUUCACGACUGGAAACCUUAUGUAUUGGGCGCGUACGCCAUCUACGACAAGUGGACCGAUGGCAUGGUUGAGGAGUGCGCCCAUUUGCAGCACAACAAAGUGUUUGAUAACCUUGAUGAAUUUUUCGAGGUUAGAGAGAAAUCUGUGGCUAUAUUAAUGAUCUAUCAUCUCAUUGAAUACGCGGAAAAUCUGUUCGUUCCGGAGUCCGAGUGGCUGAACCCAAUUGUCCAGCAAUUGCUACAAAAAUUGUCGCGUUUGGCAGUGAUUUGUAAUGACAUGUAUUCAUUGGAAAAGGAACUAAUGGACGCCGGGAAUAAAGGCCCUAGCGGAGUUUACAACUGUGUAGCUGUGUUCGCACAAAUGCAAAACAUAUCGCUGGAAGAGUCUAUGACUCAUUGGUCCAAAGAAUUUAAGGAUUUGGAAACAAUUAUCGUUAAAUUGUCUGAUGAAAUACUAGCGGCUGAUUGGGCCAGUCCUGACACCCGGCGAUUUGUUCGCAGCGCAAUGUAUGCCACUGGCGGUCAUUGGAAAGUUUCCACCAUGCUCGAUCGCUCGUGUUCACUGAAGUCCAGCGAAUCCUUAUUUAAAGCCAUUUCACAAUUGGUUCGCUUGACUUCUGUUGAUCUCUCAGACAAUCAGGAACCGACUGAAGAACCUUGCAAUUUAUUGACAAAACUGGCGGACAAUUCAUUUACACUGCAAUCAGUAAACGACUCGCAAUACAAUCCCUUAAGAAUUAACCUCAAACUGAACCAAAUCGCCCAAAUCGGUGACCAGGCCUUUGCCGGACUCGACCGACCCGUCACUCUCGACCUGUCUUUCAACAAUUUAACGCAAUUAACGGCCAAUACAUUCGCCCAUAUGUUAAGCUACGAGCCCUCGAAGAUUAUUAUUAAAGGAAAUCACGUGAACUGUGUCUGUGGUCUGAAAUGGGUUUACGUGAACAGCACUAUAAGGCCUAAGAUGUCGGGUCUCCUCCGAUGCGAUGACAAGCGCUACUUCUCCAGCCUUACGGACACUGAUUUUAAAAAUUGUACGUAAAUUAAAAAUGAUGGUACUUUUAAUUUAUAAAUCAAUGCCCAACACUAUAC